AUGCAUGCAUUGCAGCUGCUACAUGUCAGUGCUGCUACACCGCAACAACACCAGGCACCAUACAACACCACCGACUCCAUAAUAAAACCAGCAGCAGCAGCAGCAGCAGCAACAGCAGCAGCAGCGGCUUCACUGGCUGACGUCUCAGCUCGGCUGCCGCUGCCGACGCGCAGCAGGCCGUUUGGGGUUAGACCACCGGCGGGGGAUUUGAGGUGUCAACAUAUUUCUGUGCGAGAAGCAAAACCAGCAGCAGCAACAGCAGCAGAAACAGCAGCAGCAGCAGCAGCAGCAGCAGCAGCAAUGCAGACAGCUGAGGCGGCACCUUGUGCUGCCGAUGAUGGUUUUUUAGCUGGGGUAGACAUUGAUGACUUCCUCUUCUCUUUAUUAGACUCCUUGCAGCCUUCUAUCCCGGGAGGACCUGCAGCAAACAAUACAGCAGCAGCAGCAGGAGCAGCAGCAGGUGUUGCUGCUGCUGCUGCUGACGAAUAUGCAGCAGCACAAGCACAGGAACACCUUCAUACAGCUGCCUUAGGUGGGGCCCCUCUUCUUUCGGUGCUGCGGCGAGUGUGGAGGCCUGAGAGGCUGCUGCAGGAGUUGAUAGAGGAUCCCAGCUCAGCAGCAGCAGCAGCAACAGCAGCAGCAGCAGCAGGAGAGCAGCAAGCUAUUGCUGGGCCCUUGCAGCAGCAGGAAGCAGCAGAAGCAGCAGCUGAAAAGGAUGUGCUGCUGCAAGCAAUGAUAGAGAAGCUCAGCUGCCCCGUACCCUGGCUGUUGUCUCCUUUCGAUACUCCUGCUGCUGUCCCUCUGCACUGUGCUGCUCUUGCUGCUGCUGCUUCUCUCCUUUCAUUUGCUGCUGAAGACACAGGGAGAGUUGCACUGGCUAUUAAGGCGUUCCUAGAAGUAAGAGCAGCAACACAGGAGCACCAAGUCGCGCUGCUGCUGCUGCUGCGGCUCCUCCUCUUCCGCUGGAGUGUACAAAACAGCCCUAUGAGGAGACACCUGAAAGAAGAUAGAAGCAGCAGGGCGCUAGCAGCAGCAGCAGCAGCAGCACCAGAAGAAGCCACAGGCCCAGCCGCUACUGCGCCUGCUCCUGCUGCUGCAGCAGCAGCAACAGCAGCUGCAGCAGCAGCAACAGGAUGGCUUCGUACUAUUGUUUCGUUUGCAGUUCAAGAAGCAGCAGCUCUAGCUGAGGGAGAUGAAAGGAGAGAGUUGCUGCUGCAGGUGCUGCAGAUUGCCUCCCGCUCUGCGCCCCACAUCGUCAUAUCGAAACUCAUCAAAGCAGCAAAAAAAGCAGCUGUGGUGUGUCCUGCUGCUGCUGCUGCUGAGGAGACGGCGACUGAGGGAGCAGUUUGCUGCUCUUUGCUGCUGCUGCUCGAGAAGGUCUUGAGUUCAUCAGGGUGGUUGCCGAUUCCGCUGUCUCUUACAAAGCAGGUGUUUGUUGUGCUGCUGCAGCUGCUGCUGUUGCCGCUGCAGCAGCAGCAAGACCCCGCUGAUUCCAAGCGAAGCCUCUCCCUCCCUAUUCGCUGGAGCAUCUCUCUGCGUGCUGCUGAGGCCCUCAGCGCUUUUGCUGCUGCUGCUGCAAAUGGCAACUGCCGCGCGUUGCUGCUGACCCUGCAGCAGCAGCAGCAGCAGCAGCAACAGCAGCAGCACCUAGAACUUGUCGGCGAGUAUGAGUCUGGACGGGAGGCCGUGAGGCUGCAGCGAUCCUUAGAAGAGGGGCUAGGUGCAGCAGCAGCAGCAGCAGCUGCUGCAGCAGCAGCAGCAGCAGGGAGCACCGUGCCACCAGGGGGAGAAGGAGGGUGUGGGGUGGAGGAGCUUCCUUUGAUGGCUGCUGCAGCAGAACGCCUAGUGUAUAUUCUGCUGCCCCGCAUGCUGCUUGCUGCUGCUCCUUCUGGAGUUGUCUGCGCGCUGCUGAGAGCUGCUUCGAUGCUGCUGCUGCUCCCUGUACACCUCAGCAGCCCUCUAAUGCUGCGGCACUGGGAAGACGAGACAUCAGGAAUGGUGAGGCAUGACCCCGUGCUGCUGCUGCUGCUGCUGCUGCUGCUGCACCUCAGCAGCGAAAUAUCAGGCGUUGCAGCAGCAGAUCUCUUGCAAGAAGAUCAGCAGCAAGCCGCUACACGUGCAGCAGCAGCCGCAGCAGCAGCAGCAAACAUUCACGACCAACGCAAGGCACUGCAGCAGCAACGCCAGGCGCUCUUACAAAUGGGAGGGCUUGAGACUGCUGCUGUAGCUGCUGCUGCUGCUGCUGCUGCUCCACACAGCGCUGCAGAAGAUGAGGCCUGCAUGCACCGCCGCACCUUAACACCCAGAGACCCUGCAGGCGAUGCCCUCGCUGACGAAAGCCUUAAACAAUUUGUUGAACCCAUCGUCUCCGCUGUUGUCUCUUCACUUAGCGCCUUGCAGCUGCAACACGAAGCAAAGACAGCAGGGAUGUCUGCUGCAGCAGCAGCAGCAGCAGAAGCAGCAGCAGCAGCAGCAGGGGGUGGGGCUACCACGGAGCCUU